AUGGACUUACCUAACUUCUAUCAUUAUAAUAAACUCCAGAAACAACGUUCAAUUCACAAUGCCGAUCUACAACUAGCAUCUGAUGCAUUGAUGUCCAAGAGAGAUGAAAAUAUAACACUAAUGUGGCUUGAUGAAAAUAUUGAUAAGGAAUUAAGAGAUCUGUUCGAACAAAUCCAUGAUAGCGUCAUAGUUAGUACAGAUCAAGAAACAUUUCUUAAAACUAUUAAUGGGAUAACUGACGAGAAAAUAUUGGUUAUUCUAUCUGGGCAAUAUUCUCGGAGCUUAGCACCGCUAAUACAUGAUAAUAAACAAGUAUAUUUAAUAUACAUAUUUUGUAUAAAUAAAGCAGACUACGAACAUUUGUCCAAAGACUUAUCGAAAGUUCGCGGCGUAUUUACCCAAUAUUCACACUUAUUCGAAGGUCUCCAGCUUGAGUUACGUUCACUUGUUCGUCAGAUGACUACAUUUCAUUUAUUUGAUCAAAAACAAGUCUCAUUGAAGGAUUUAACGCGAGAAUCGGCUGAUUUUUUAUGGUAUCAGCUGUUGAAAGAUGUACUUUUAGCAAUGCCAAAAACUGCUGAUUCCAAAAUUGAAAUGAUUGAUCGAUUUCGCAUAUACUACAGUCCAAAAACCCCGACGUUUUUAACGAAAGUCGAUGAAUUUGAACAGACAUAUCAAUCAUGUGAUGCUAUUCGUUGGUAUACCAAAGAUUCAAUUGUGUAUCGCCUCGUUAAUCAAGCACUGAGAACAGAAGAUAUUGAAGCAUUACUGGCUGUACGCUAUUAUAUAUCGGAUCUUUAUGCAUGUUUGAAAAAAGAAUGUGAAAAGUUAAAAGUUCAAGGCCUAGAUGUCUUGACUGUUUAUCGAGGACAAUUUUUACCUCCAGAAGACAUUGAUAAAUUACAACAAAGUGUUGGACAAUUAAUAUCGACAAAUGGUUUUCUAUCAACCACUCGCUCGCUAAUAGUUGCUGAAAUCUUUGCGGGUCCGGGUAAUGUUAUUUUUGAAUAUGUAAUCGACACACAUUUAAACCAGAACAUUAUUUUCGCCAAUAUUUCGGAACAUAGCGAAAUGCCUCACGAAGAAGAAGUUUUAUUUGAUAUUGGAGCUAUAUUUCGUGUAGAAAAAGUGUAUUUUGAUAAGAGUAGUGGAUUUUGGAAAGUGAAUCUAGUUGCUGCCGGUGAAGCAGAAAAUUUAACAAACAAUUUUAGGAGACAAAGACGUGAUCGUAUGAUAGUGCCGUCUAUCGAACAAGAAUUUGGAUUUCUAUUAAUAGAAAUGGGGCAGUACAGUAAGGCUAUUUCUUAUUUUGAUAAUCUAAUACAACAACACCAGAACGACGAUAUUUUUAAACUGAACUGUUAUUACGCUCUUGCGUUUUCUUAUUCAGGAAAUCAUCAAAAUGUGAAAGCCUUGCAAUAUGCUACUUUUGCUUACAAAAGAUGUAUUGAGUUGUCUUCUAAUACGGGCAAAGGCGACCGAAUGUUAUCACGUUUGUUUGAUCUUUUGGGUUCAAUACAUCUAGAACGAGGAGAAACUGAACUAGCCUUGAAAUAUUAUUACCACUCGAUGAAUAUUAACCCUUCUGAUGCGGAUAAUCCAGAAAUAUUGGUUUUGUAUCAUAGAACAAAGGCAAAUAUUUGUUUCUCGCAAGGUAAUUAUACUCAAGCAUUAGAUCAUUUCCAAAAAAGACUCACUAUUUAUGAAAACUGGACGCCAUAUGACGAUCGAGCUUUAGCUGAAAGUCAUUCUAGUAUUGGUCGUAUUUAUCUAAAAAUCAAACAUUAUGAACAAGCUUUUGAACAUUUGCAAAUAACAUUAGAGCUAUUCAAAAAAUCUUUACCAACACAUCAUUCAGCACUUAGUAGUACCUAUCUAGAUUUGGCAAAUAUAUGUCAUUGUACUAAAAAGUAUGAUUUAGCUUUGGAAUAUUAUUUGAAAGCAGAAGAAUCAGCACCUACCUUAAAAAAAUGUACAGAUAAUUCUGUUCUUCUGUCAGCUCAUUUAUGCAGUUUAACAGGCAAUUGCUAUUUACAUAAAAAUGAAAAUGCCCUUGCCGAGCAGUAUUUUAGAAAGUCUCUUGCGUUAUAUGGAAAAUGUCGCUCAUCUGUAAAAGAUGAAAACAUACUGAUUGAUAUUCAAUGGAAUAUGGGCGUUGUGUUUAGUCGAAAACGAGAGUUUUAUUCGGCUUUGGAACAUUACAAAGAGUCACUGGUGUUAGUGGAAAGAAUAAUGCCUGAUGAACGUAUUCGAAUUGCAGAGCUGAAUGAUGGUAUCGGUGUAUGUUAUGAAGACACAGGCCAAUAUGAUAUUUGUAUUGAACAUACACAAAAAUCACUGGAAAUUUAUGAAGAAUGUAUUCCACCAGAUGUCGAAAAACUCAUAGAUAUGCAUAAUACAGUUGGUCGGGGUUACUGUAUGAAACACGAAUAUUUACUUGCUAUUAAACAUCGAAAACAAUCUUUGCUCUUAGAAGAACAAAAAGUGCCAAGAAAUGUAGCACAAAUUGCUGGUUUGCACACGAGCAUCGGUUGGUCAUAUCAUUUAAAUGGAGACUACGAUUCAGCUAUUGAUUACUGCAUAUAUCUCAGUUUAAGAUUCUUGCCUAAAAAUGAAUCUUGA